AGAUAACCCAACUGGUACAGAGUACAAAAGGGAAAACAAGUUGGACUUCUGUUUCUAACUCCACGAUUUACCAGCACAUGUUGAGACAAAAAAAAAACGUUACUUGAGCUUGACAAUGACUGCAGAAAUUUGGGAUGUUAUUAUUGUCGGUGCAGGACUAUCUGGACUGAGUGCCGCUCACUUGCUGAGAAAAAGGAAUGCAAAGCUGAAAAUACUGAUACUGGAAGGAAAAGAUCGUGUGGGAGGUCGCACAGUGUCCACUGACAUACCAGCCGCCAAUGGUGUUGAUCGCUGGGACUUUGGGGGACAGUGGGUAGGAAGCACCCAAACCCAUAUCUUUGAGCUCAUAAAGGAACUGGGCUUAGAGACGUUCGCCCAAUUUAAUAUCGGCAAGAAGGUUCACCACAUGGGAGGGCCAGGUGCCAAAGUUCGCACCUACAGAACAAGUAUUCCUGCUUUAUCGCCAAUGGUGCUAAUGGACCUUGCCCAGCUCCUGUGGAAGAUGAACAGACUGUGUGCCACAGUAUGCGUCCAGGAUCCCUGCAAGACUCCAAACGCUGUUGAACUGGACAGCAUGACCCUGCACUCAUACAUCAAGCAGCAUGUUUGGACUGCAGAGCUAAAGGAGGAGAUGGGUGUGUGUAGCAGAUCUGUCUUUGGCUUGGAGCCAUCGCAGAUGUCCUUCCUGUUCUUCCUCAUGUAUGCUGCAGCAGCUGGAGGGGUGCUGCCACUGCUGGAAAGCACUCCAGGUUCUGCGCAAGAGUUCAAGAUAAAGGGAGGCACCCAACAACUUUCACAAUGUCUGGCAGAACGCGUCGGGUGGAAGAAUGUCCGGCUGAGUUCCGCUGUGACGGCCAUAUGGCAGGAUGCUGAGUGGGCCAGAGUGACGACCUCCACCAACACCUUCUUUGGCAGAGCUGUGAUUGUCACCUGCCCCCCUCACUUGGCAGCCAAGAUCCACUACCAUCCAGCCCUUCCAAGCCAGAGAGGAUUCCUCACCCAAAACAUGCCUGUGGGCCACAUGAUAAAAUUCAUAAUUACCUACAGGACGGCUUUUUGGAAAGAGAAGGGCCUCUCUGGGGAAAUUGUGGCGGGAUCCUCUAGCGGGUGUCCAUUCUGUGUUACCUUCGAUGCCACCAGCCCUAGUGGUAACGCUGCCUUGGUAGGCUUCAUUUCCGCCCAGCAGGCUUCUCAAUGGAGCUCAAAGGAGGGUGGGGAAAGGAGAAAAGCUGUGAUUUCCAGUCUGGUCAAAUACCUGGGCCUUGAGGCUGCAUCUUUCAUCCACUAUGAAGAAAAAGACUGGGCUAAGGAGGACUACAGUGGGGGCUGCCCUGUAAAUGUCAUGGCACCAGGUCUGCUAACAUAUUACCACCCUAGUCUGAGGAAGCCUUGUGGCAGGAUCCACUGGGCAGGCACAGAGACCGCCACCCUGUGGUGUGGGUACAUGAGUGGUGCAGUACAAGCUGGUCAGCGAGCAGCUCUGGAAGUGCUGGCCGAACUCUACCCCCUGACCCUGACCCAGGAGGAGCAGGAAGCAGUUCAGCACAGUUUAACCGUUAAGGAUCCUGUCGAGCAAACACCAACGUUUCAACUCACGUACUUCUCCACAACCAAAGCUAUCGUCAUAGCACCACUGGCAAUAGGUGCAGUCCUAUUUCUGGCUCAGAAUCAAAAUGCACGGCUAAUGGUCAAAACGUACUUGGCAAAUGCCUUUUUUUAAACACCAUGCAUUAUAUGUCCCCAAUGUAAUAGAAACCUGUAGAAAAAGUGUGGGGUUUUGAUUAACCCCACGUUGUUGGUUCUGCUGGGGCUCCAGUGAAAAGUUAAUCUUAAUGCUUCUAUAUAUCACUUUUUCUUCGCUUGGCGUGCAAAAAAGGCUGAUAUCUGUUUUGUUUUUUUCUUUACGGUUCUCAUUUUUGAAAUGCAAAUUUCACAUUAUUUAAUAUUUCUAAAUUGCAUACGAUGGCAAAAACACUUAAAAGUGGCCCCAUGUAGAAAACACAAUAUGCACUUUUAAGCAGUUGAGUUGUUCUCAUAUUGUUUCUUGUAUGAUUGAUAAUUAUAAUUAAUUGUAUAACUGCCAAAUGCAGAUAAGAUAAUGUAUUCAAUUUGUUGUAGGAAAGAUAUUCAUACAAUAAAUGCUGUUUUUUUUUCUUUUAAA